AUGGGCAGUUUGGGAAUUGCAGAGAGUUUGAAGGGUCAUAAUUAUGUUUCCCAACACAAAAAUUGAGGUCCAAGGAACAACCAUUUUAUGUCAGAACCAUAGCAUUAUAAAACCCAGUUGAAGACACCUAGAAAAUUUCACUCUUUUUCCAAGUGAUUUGCAGAAAGUGAAGGAGACAGAACAAAAACAUGAAUCCCGUUGUUCUGUGUCUCCUCUCCCUCGUUUCUCUAACCCUUGUCUCGAUUGUUGUAGCCCAAGAAAGAGCCCCUCAUGGGCUUGUGUACGAGAAUCCCGAAGCCUUUUCACCAUCUGCAUAUAACUUCUUUCAUCCCAAUGAAAAGAAGCCCGAGAGCAGAGACCCUUGUGCAACAUCAAAAUGUUCACCAAUGCCCUUAGUAGCACAGGUGGAAGCCACUGAAAUUCAUGAAAGCAGAGCCAAAACACCCGAAGGUGGUAGCAGAAAAUUAGGAGCUGGUGGCAUAGCUGGCAUUGUCUUUGGUGUUGCUUUCGUUGUGGUUUUGGCUAUGGGGGUCUACCAUGUCAGGUUCACUCGCCCAACCAACAUGAGUAGACCCAAACACAGUGGUGUUGUUCAACAACAUGCUUGAUAUGCUUUGUCUCUAUCAUAAUCACUGCCAAAUCUCACCCUAGAUUUAGAACAGAGCAUGUAAUGUAAUGCCCUUAAUAUCUUACUUCUACACCAUUGCUUAUUUGCUUUUGCCUUCUUCCAUUUGUUUUUGGUUAGCCACUGUAUCUACUGUUAUGGAUUCUGAUAUAAUGAUCUCUUUCUAAUUUCGAUCUCGUCAAACAAUCAAAUGU